AUGGAUGCAAAUAUUGACAUAAAUGUUCCGUUAGUUGCAAUAGAUUUAAAUUUUCCUUUUUUCAACUAUGAGGCAAAUUCUCCAAAUUCACUAGACUUGAAUGAACCACCUCUUAAUGAAGAUGAUGUUCCUCUAUUUCUAUCUAGUGAUCCAACUGAAGAAGAAUAUACACAGUCGGAUGAAGAGUUUGAAGACUUUCUUAAUAACCAGUGGGAUGUGGAACAAGAAAACUCAAUUGAUGGUGAUGCUAUUGAUAAUCAUGAGGAAGCCAAUGAGGACCUGCCACUACCACAAGUGGUUACUAUCAAUAAGAGAGGAAAAAACAUGUCCAACGAUACAAGAAGAGACAUAUAUGAGAUGUUAUUGAAAAAGAGUGUUGAUGGGAAGUUGGGCAGAAAUGCAACACGAGAGGUGUCAUCACAUAUUUCGGUUCCUAUAUUAUCCGUUCAACGCAUUUGGAAACGAGCAAAAGAUUGUGGUGCUCAUGUUGAUGUAUCCCACAAAAUGUCAAGAGGUGGUCGAAAGAGAGUAGAAAUUGAUUUGGAAAAAAUUCGUGAUGUGCCUUUGCAUAAAAGGACAACGAUUGAAUCUUUAGCAUAUGCCUUAGAUGUCAAAAAGACUACGUUAUUUUGGCUAAUAAAGUUCGGGAAAAUACGGAAGCAUUCAAAUGCUAUAAAGCCUUUCUUGAAGGAAGAAAACAAAAGAGCAAGAUUACAAUUUUGCAUUAAAAUGAUUGAUGCCAAUAGCAUACCAAACAAUCCAACUUUUGUGGGAAUUUGUGUUAGCAAAAAUUUUCUCCCAAAGGUCAUGUUUUUGGCUGCCGUAGCUCGCCCAAGAUUUGAUUCACAUAGAAAUGUAACAUUCGAUGGAAAAAUUGGCGUCUUUCCUUUUGUCAUAAGAGAGCCUGCUAAAAGGACUAGUGUUAAUAGAGUGGCUGGUACAAUGGAGACUAAACCAAUCCUUUCAGUCACUAGAGCUAUUAUAAGAUCAUUUUAUAUAAACAAAGUAUUACCCUCUGUCAUGGACAAAUGUCCGAUUGAAGAUAUUGGAAAUCUGAUUUUUAUUCAACAAGACAACGCUAGGACACAUAUUGAUAUCGAUGAUGAAGAAUUUUGUGAAGCUGCUAAGAAAAAUGGAUUUGAUAUCCGUUUAAUGUGUCAGCCUCCGAAUUCGCCUGAAUUAAAUGUUCUUGAUCUAGGAUUUUUUCGUGCUAUUCAGUCCUUACAACAAAAAAAGGUAUCUCAAACUAUUGAUGAACUUGUUAAUGCCGUGGAGAUGUCGUUUGAUGAAUUUUCACCGAUUAAGUCAAAUCAUAUAUUCUUGACUUUACAAAUGUGCAUGGAUGAGAUCAUGAAAGCAAAAGGAUCAAACAGGUUUAGAAUUUCACACAUCAAAAAGAAGGUGUUGGAAAGACAAGGACAACUACCAACAAAUGUCAGUUGUGAUUCUAAUUUGGUGCAAGAGGUUCUCAAUUUCUUAAACUAG